AAUGUGGUUCCAAAUUUGUAGGACAAUACCAAAAAUAAAAAAAGAACGGAUAGCCCAUUGAUUGAUAUAAUAAGUUUGUGAGAUGUACUACUCUGAGCAGUGACAAGAAUCCGAUCGGUUCGAAGAAAAAACCUAUCGACAUGAACGGAUUUUGUCGGGUUCUCGGUGUUCUUUCAGCUGUGCUGCUACUGCACAUGAACAGAUUGUGCAGCUCCCAGGAUGCAGAGGAAAGGAAGGUCUACAUCGUGUACAUGGGUCACCUUCCGGAGGACGGGAUGUAUUCACCGGCUUCUGCACACUCCAGUAUAUUGCAGGAAGCGAUUGGAGAGGGCGCCGUUUCCGAUUCCCUUAUCCGAAGUUACAAGAGGAGUUUCAACGGUUUUGUGGCGAGGCUCACAGAAAGUGAGGCCAAGAGAAUAGCCAGCAGAGACGACGUAAUUUCGGUAUUCCCCAGUGGGACUUUCCACCUCCACACGACGGGAUCGUGGGACUUCCUGGGCUUGCAUGAGACGGCAAAGCGAAACCCUUCAAUCGAGAGUGAUAUAAUCAUUGGAGUUGUCGACAGUGGUGUCUGGCCGGAGUCGGAAUCAUUCAGCGAUGAAGGUUUUGGUCCUCCUCCGAAGAAGUGGAAGGGUACCUGCCAAGGAGGCGCCAACUUCACCUGCAACAACAAGCUCAUUGGAGCACGAUUAUACACCGAUGACUCACCUUCUGCAAGGGACUCUUUUGGCCACGGGACGCACACAGCUUCGACAGCAGCUGGUAACUCUGUGAAUGGCGUGAGCUUUUUUGGAUUAGGGAAUGGGACUGCAAGAGGCGGCGUCCCAUCUGCGAGGAUUGCUGUGUACAAGGUGUGCGAUGGCAAAGGAGACUGUGUGGAUGCCGACAUCCUGGCUGGCUUCGAUGAUGCCAUCGCAGAUGGAGUCGACGUCAUCACGGUGUCACUGGGUGGCUCAGUGGUGCAGAGCUUCGACACAGACCCUGUUGCAAUUGGAGGCUUUCACGCAAUGGAGAGAGGGAUCCUCACGACACAGUCUGCAGGGAACGAUGGGCCAUUCGGGGGAACUGUCUCUAGUGUGGCCCCGUGGCUCUUCACUGUGGCAGCAAGCAGCACAAAUCGAGGGUUCGAGACCACUCUCGAGGACGCGGUUACUUGGGCGACUGAAAAUACCAUAAAUGCGUUUCCAUCUAUGAGCACGAGUGUCCCGAUUGUACAUGGUGUCCAGGUGAAGAAUUCUGUUUGCACGGAGGACCUGGCCAGGGAGUGCAACCCCACUUGUUUGGACAGCAAGAAAGUGACUGGAAAAAUUGUGCUCUGUGACACGCAGCUUCCCGAGAAUAUCGAGGAGGCUGUCAGUAAAGGAGCUGCAAGUGUGAUUGCACAGUGCAACACCCUGACACCCUUCCCUGAACCUUUCGUCACUCCAAUUCCAGUCGUGUGUUUUGUGGACGUUAUCUUCGAUUCUUACGUUAUGUUCUUCAACGAUACAAAAAACCUCACGGGACGGAUACUGAAAUCUAAGGAAGUUGAAAACACCAAUCCAUAUCCUAUAGUUGCUUCCUUCUCAUCGCGGGGCCCGAAUAAUUUAGUCGCAGAAAUCAGGAAGCCCGACAUAAGUGCCCCAGGGGUGAAUAUCUUGGCCGCCUUUUCGCCUCUCGGCUCACCUUCUUCUUCCCCAUUAGACAAGAGGAGUGUGAAUUAUAAUUUCCUGUCAGGGACCUCCAUGGCUGCCCCCCAUGUUGCUGGUGUAGCAGCGUACAUUAAGUCGUUUCAUCCCGAUUGGUCUCCUUCUGCCAUAAAAUCGGCUAUUAUGACUACCGCUACUGAGAUGCAUGCCCUUUCCGAUCCUGAAGGUAUUGGUUCGGGCCACAUUAAUCCAGUAGGCGCUGUGGAUCCAGGUCUCGUGUAUGAAAUUGAGAAACAGGACUAUCUCAGCUUCCUCUGCAACCUAGAGUACAACUUGGGGAGAAUUUCGUCGAAUCGAACCGCCAGUUGUCCCGAAGGAUCGAAGGAAAUGUCACCAGCGAAGCUCAACUACCCUGCGGUCAUCUUCAGAGUGCCAGUCAGGAAGUCUUUUCAGGUAGCCUUGAACAGGACAGUGACGAACGUGGGUCCCCCAAACUCGAUCUACAGAGUAUUGGUUCCGCAGAUCGCCCCAGAAUUAGGUGUGAGUAUCGAUGUAUUCCCGCAGGUCCUCCGCUUCAAAUCCAUAGGCGAGAAGCAGACUUUCACAGUCGUAGCUUCAGGAAGACUGAGGGAUGUUAUUCACACUUCGAUCUUAUGGGCAGAUGGACAGCGCAAGGUGAGAACACCGAUCACCAUGUAUCCGGGGCCACAGUAGCAAUUAUAGCAUCGCCUUCUUAGCGAUUAAAAGCAGGAGAUCUCUAGUAGAUAACAAUAAGCGAAGAAAAGCAUGCAACGAAUACCAUGUGUUCUCAUGCUAUGCCGCAAACAUCUCCCUGUAUUUUGGAGUUGAUCAUUUGUUACAUAUAUUCCUUCAUGAUCGGAUGCCAAAUCAUAUCUCUUGGAAUGGAAAUGAAAUUAAUACUGUCGAUCAUCUGCAAA